UUUCAGUCUGGACCAAGACAGUGGGACUGCAAACACAAACAUGUCUGAGUUCCCAGCGACCAGUCCAGUGGUUCCAUCCCACCGUCGCCACGGUUACACACACAGGACAGAGGGAAGAUAAAUGUGCCAGGGAACUCCGUCUCCAUAACGACAGUAAACAGGUCUGUCAGUGUGGCUUACACACAGGUGAAACAUUAGCCGGACAGAGAAAAGAAGCCACACACGCACGCACAUUGUAUCUGACACUCACACACACACACACACACACACACACACACACACUCACACACUCACAGUGGUCAGGACAGAUGGCGGAUUCCCAGCGAACAUCUGAGCCCAUCAACGCUGUGCAUCAAGAUGAAAUCUGGAAAUCACAUGUAAAAGUUGAGAAAGAUUUGGCAGAAGUCUGGCCCAACAAGUGGGGCUUCCUCACCGAGGCCUACAAGGAGUACGAGAGGGAGAGUGUGAAGAUGAAGGAGGUGGUCAAAGUGGAUCUUCCCCAUCACCUGGCAGAACGACCUCCAACCCAUCCAGAAAAACUAAUCCAUGUCGGAGCCUCUCCUCCAGUUCCUCAGACAACUCAGGCCCUGAUUGGUUGGCGUUCAGGUCAUCCGCAUCUUCAACUGGAAAAGUAUGCCACAGUGCACCAUGGGAGGCGUAGUUUUCUGAAGGAGCUGGGCUGGCCUUUAGACGCUUGCAACUGACUUGAAGCCACCAUUCUGUGUCAUCUUGGCUAAUCACUGACUCAGUGAGUCAGAGGAUGUAGCAAUAAAUAAAGACAUAAACUAAACCAA